CCCCCGCCGAGGCGCGGGGUCCGGGCGGGGCAGCGGGGCGGCGCCAGCGGCCGUGACGUGAGCGGGGGACGUGCCGCGCCGGCGACCAGAGCACCGGUGCCCCCAGCGCGCGGGCCGGGCAGCGGGGCGGGCGGACGCGGGCCAGCGAGCGGGCGCAGCACACGGCGGGCACGGACAGACGGACAGACGCGGCGGCAGCAGGCGGGCGGCGCUGAACCGCCCGGCCUCGUGACGGGCCUCCUUCCCCACACCCGCACCGGGAGGCGGCUCCCCCCUGGAACAGCUUCUGUCCAGUGAGGGACGCGGAACCCGCCCUCCUGGCCAUGGGAGGGGCCGUGGUGGACGAGGGCCCCACCGGUGUCAAGGCCCCUGACGGGGGCUGGGGCUGGGCCGUCCUCCUGGGCUGCUUCAUCAUCACAGGCUUCUCCUACGCCUUCCCCAAGGCGGUCAGCGUCUUCUUCAAGGAGCUCAUGCUUGAGUUUGGUAUCGGCUACAGUGACACAGCCUGGAUCUCCUCCAUCCUGCUGGCCAUGCUGUAUGGCACAGGCCCUCUCUGCAGCGUGUGCGUGAAUCGCUUCGGCUGCCGGCCGGUCAUGCUGGUGGGCGGCCUUCUGGCGUCCCUGGGCAUGGUGGCCGCCUCCUUCUGCAGGAGCGUCAUUGAGCUGUACCUCACCACGGGCGUCCUGACCGGCUUGGGUUUGUCGCUCAACUUCCAGCCCUCGCUCAUCAUGCUCAACCGUUACUUCAACAAGCGGCGCCCCGUCGCCAACGGGCUGGCGGCGGCAGGCAGCCCCGUGUUCCUGUGCGCCCUGUCCCCGCUGGGGCAGCUGCUGCAGGACCACUACGGCUGGCGCGGGGGCUUCCUCAUCCUGGGCGGCCUGCUGCUCAACUGCUGUGUGUGCGCCGCGCUCAUGCGGCCCCUGGAGGCGCCCCGGGCGGGGGCGGGGGCGGGGGGGCCCGGGCCCCAGAGGCCAGCCAGGCGGCUGCUGGACCUGAGCGUCUUCAGGAACUGUGGCUUCGUCGUCUACGCGGCGGCUGCCUCCAUCAUGGUGCUGGGGCUCUUCGUGCCGCCCGUGUUCGUGGUGGGCCACGCAAAGGACCUGGGCGCGCCGGACACACGGGCUGCCUUCCUGCUGACCGUGCUGGGCUUCGUCGACAUCUUCUCCCGCCCCGCCGCCGGCUUCAUCGCGGGGCUCCCCAAGGUGCGCCCCUACUCCGUCUACCUCUUCAGCUUCGCCAUGUUCUUCAACGGGUUCACCGACCUCGCGGGCUCCACGGCCAGCGACUACGGGGGCCUGGUGGUCUUCUGCGUCUUCUUCGGCAUCUCCUAUGGCAUGGUGGGCGCCCUGCAGUUCGAGGUGCUCAUGGCCCUCGUGGGCACCCACACCUUCUCCAGCGCCAUCGGCCUCGUGCUGCUGCUGGAGGCCAUAGCUGUGCUCAUCGGACCCCCGUCCGGAGGCCGCCUCCUGGACGCCACACACGUCUACCAGUACGUGUUCAUCCUGGCUGGGGCUGAGGUGCUGGCCGCCUCCCUGGUGCUGCUGCUCGGAAACUUCUUCUGCAUCAGGAGGAGGCCUGCGGGGGCCACCAAGGAGGGCGAGAGCCCCAAGCCCCCUGCUGACGACAGGGACAACAGGGACAGGGUGGACUCAAGGGAGGUGGAGCACUUCCUGAAGGCGGAGCCUGAGAAGAAAGGGGAGGUGGCUCACACUCCGGAAACCAGCGUCUGAGCUCGGGGCGGCGGGGCGCAGGGAACCGGACGGAGGCUGUCAAGGUUCAUAUUUAUUUCACAAACAGGACUAUCUCAGGCUGGGGGGCCCCCAGCAGGGGAUCGUCACCUGAUCAGUUUCUCGGGGGAGGUGGCGGGUGGGAACCGUGUCAUUCCAAAGCAGAUCUGUGGUGAAGCCAAGCCCUAGGUUACAAGCCGUCGGCACCCGGCACCCGGCACCCAGCCUGCUGACCCCAGGAGAGCCCGGUGCCCACAGCUGGGCUCAAGGACCUAGAAACCCACCCUUCGGAGACUUUAAUCAGAGGGUGGGGCCAGGCCCUCCCUCCCUGACUGCACCCGCCAUGCCCUGCGCCACCCUGAGCGUCUGGGGACAGCUCCCUUCUGCUCCCCUGGAAGUCUGGAAUAAACCUGCGUGUAGGAAGA